AUGUCUAUUACUAUACCAGCCAAAUUAGAGUUAGAUGCUUUUGAGUUGGAUGUACCUGAAGAUGAUACCGAAGGCCAUAUUGCUGCUCUAGAAGAAAUUACUCUUAAAGAGGCUGAGCCAAGAAUUGAGGGAUUUGGGCUAUUGUCUCAUGAGAAGUUUGAAGAAUUUGACGUUGAUGAAAGUACCUCCUCCUAUGAUGAUCAUGUGAUGCAAAACAAUAUUCGUCUAUCUCAACUGUUGAUGGACGUGGACAUGGACAUUGAAAGUUUUCUACGAGAUAGUUCACUUGAUGUGACUCCCCAGCCUGAGUUUCAAGUUGAUUCAUUUGGAACGUCGAAACGAGGUGUUAUUACGUCAAAUUUGAAGCUGAUUUCAACACCAACUAUGAGAGAGCAUCCUCAAUUUUCUAAAAGAAAGAAAAUUGUUUUAGACCAUAAAAGACUUGUCCUGAGCAAUGAGGUACUUAAAGAGAACAUUCGUAAUGCAAGUGACUUAGUGUCUAACAGAAGAAAAUCUCACCGUACUGUACAUACUAUGCAAAGAGAAUCUCUCAUUGCUAGUCUUCCUAAUAGAUUCUAUGAGCCUUUGCAUCCUUGUUCCUCAAAGCUUCAACUCCUAUUCUCCAAGAAGGAAAUGAAAAUACCAGAUUCCCUACAGAUUGUGGAAACUUUAGGGAAGUUAGAUUUGUCAGAAUCUCAAAUUGUUGGCAGUCUAGAGCCUAUAGCAAGUAUUCUACCAACCCCUUAUCAUUGCCCAAAUGUAUCUGGAUCUCAAGCUUCUAGAAUUCUAGAGCAUAUAGUACCUUCUAGUACAAAUGAAAGCAUAGAGAUUGAGCAAUCUUCGGAAAGGAAUGAAGUGCUUAGUCUCACGGAUGAGGAAAUAAAUUCAAGUGCAACAGAGAAUUCAGAAUUAUGUGGGUGGUCUGGUUGUACUAGGAAAGUUGCAAGUUACUUGCACCAGAGUUUUCUACAUCCAAAGGAACAAAGAGAGGAGGAUGUUGUAAACUUUUCACAAGUUUUUAGAGGCAAGGCCCCGAAAGAAUCUGCAAGGUUAUUUUAUGAAAUACUGGUUUUGAAAAGUACAGGCUUUGUAGAUGUGGAGCAAACGGAAGCUUAUGGUGAUAUUGCAAUUUCUAAGCUCCCAAAAUUAGAUCAAAGUUUUUGAUAUAAUAGUCUAUUAAAUUAAAUUACAUAGGUAGAUAUCAAAGGUGAUAUAGAAAUAGAAAAUUGGUAGGAUUCUGGUAGAUUUAUUUGUAGUAGUUUUUUGA